CCCUUCCUCACUGGUGAGUGUUGACUGGUUUUCAACAUUAUCGGAAAUUAUGGCUUCCUCCUCCUCCACCUCCUGCCUGCUCCGCCUCGCAAGCUCCAUCGUCGCCUCACUCCCAAACUUUACAUUCGAUUUACAAUUUGUAAGGGUUCAAGCCGAAACCGGAGUCCCAUCAGCACUAUUUACGCUGGUGAAAGAUGAACAGCUGACCGUACAAAUGCCCGGACUGACGCAGACGGAGACCGAAGAAGGCGUAUGGGUAUCCUUUGAUGGACCUACCCACCGUCAACUUCCCGGACUCAAGGUGGGCUUUGAAGGCUUCAAUUUCUUCUUCCAACUCCAUACACCCGAAGCAACCUACCUGGGAUCCAUGAAGGUCCCGGAGUAUUACAACCCCUAUGGUAACUUGAAAGUAAACUUUAACGACGGUAUUUUCUCUAUUUGCCUUCCCACUCAGAAAACCCCUGAUCGCUUCUUGGCUCAGGCUAACGUCAACCGGCACCUCACUCGCCCUACCCCUUACUGUGAGAUGUUUGGUCGGUCAGAUCUAGGGCGGAUGCUUUGCGAAGUAAUAGCGCACCCGGGGGUGAAGAGUAAGUCGUUCUCAGCGUAUAAGAAGGACACUGAUGAAAGCAUAUACUUCAGAGGGAAUUUGCCUGGGGUGGAGAAGAUGGUGGUGACUAGGGAGGGAGUGUGUGUGUCGUUAAGGAUGCCCGGGUUUGAGUUAGAGGAUGUGGUGGCGGGGUUUGAGUCGGACACGCUGAUUCUUGAAGGGAAAAGAGAGGGCGAGCACUACAUUGCGGGGGUGCGGGUUCCGGAGGGAUUCCGUAGGGAGAAUGAUAUGAUCAAGAGAGAGAUGAAAAAUGGAGUGUUUAAGGCUACUCUUCCUCGUGUUUGAUGAGAACAUGAUAUAUUAGAUAUGCUAAUUGUUAGUUUUAAAUAUGAGAAACAGUGAAUCACUAACAUAAGUAGCUUGGUAGGAAUUAAAUCAAAGUGGCCCUCCUUAACUUUGCUUGUGAUUUGUAAGGGUUAUUACUAUUUUAGGGUCAUGGUCUUUUGUUGCACAAACUAAUGGAUGAUAUAAUGAAGUGGCUUAUUAUAUA